GUGUGUGUGUGUGUGUGUGUGUGUGUGUGUGUGUGUGUGUGUGUGUGUGUGUGUGUGAGUGAGUGUGUGUGUGAGUAAGUGUGUGUGAGUGAGUGUGUUUUUAUUACAUCAGCAUCAUAAUUUAUCCUUCCACAAAGCCUGAGGAAAUGUAAUAACAUAUUGUGUCCCGAAGACUUUGCGUAUUUCCUGACAUCACUGUGUUACACGAUGGAGACAUGACGUGUUGUUCCGAAAGGUUUAAACUGAAGGGUUUAGUCAUAAAAGAUGUUCUGUCUCUUUACGGUCUAAAGUGGCGCUCUGUUUUGUCCUGUUCACAGGAUUCAUGGUAUGUUUCUGCCCAAACGAAGCUGAGUAAAUUAGCAGUAAUGAACUGGGGCAGUAAUCGGACCGUGUGACGGGUGAUGACGGACCCCUGAGCCUCCUCUGUUUUGGCUCCUUGAGAAUGACAGACGUCAUGGAUGAUCCGGCAGAGUUGAGCGCCGAGAUGUGUCCGGACGUCGGAUCAGCGAGUAAGGAAGUGUGCGAGGAGUCCGUGCCGCGUAAGUCAGAGGAAGUGGAAAUGUCUCGGGAGGUGCCGGAGGACCCGGACUCUGAACGGCACGACGGCAAACAGCAAGAGGGCUCCGAGAAGGGAGAGAGCGGAUAUGCAAGAACUAACGGGGGUAUGGAUCAGUUGGAGGAAGAUGGGAACGGUGUGUUUGAUGAGUUGGAUGAAGAGAAAGAUGGGUGUAGGAACGCCGCAAAGGACGUGUCUGGAUCUCGGGGAAAGAAAGGAAAGUCGAGAAAAACUGGCUUAGGUUCAGGUGAUCAGUUUGCUUCCUGGACAUCGGUUUCGUCCUUUUCCUUGUCCUCCGGAGCAAGCAGACACAAGCAGAUCCGUCGGCGAAACCACCACCAUCACAACCAGGGCCGUCUGAGAAGACAAACCGGCUUCCAGCUCAUAGCGGUGUUCCGAGAGUUCUUGUCGGAAUCGGUCAGCCCGUGGAGUAUAUCCUGCAUCCAUAUGGUAGUGGAUCUGAUCGUGUCUCUGACGCACCACUGCGGCGUCUUCGUCGAAUCCGGAGCGAUUGCACUUUACGACCUGGGAACGUUCUUGCUCUUUAAGGUCACCGAUGUCCCGGGAAUGAAGCAGGAUAUAAGACGCGUCAUAGAUCGGACCCUGAGUACUGGUGCAGCUUUGGUGGGCUGGAUAUGCAAAAGCACGAGCUCUGCACGCCGUGUGCUGGUCUCUGCUUUCAGUCUCAUCUGUUGCAUGGCGCUCCUAAGUGCCGGGGUUAUGAGGAGUGUUGUGGAGAGGCUGGGAGGCGAGCGAGGCAGGCGAUGGUGGCUCAGACUACAGAACUCCUGGAUAAUAAUGAAAGCAGUCACACUUACUGGAAGGAUCAGAGGCUGGCUGUGGAAACGAGAUGUCUCUGGACACAAAACGGUGAAUCCAGAGUCUCCAUCCAGGACGGCGAGGAGUCAGCCUGGACAGGAGCUGGAGAGACUGCUGGCAUUAGCGCAGAUCCCUGAAGAUGAGCUGGACCCCUUUAACGUGUUGGGUGUGAAUACACACGCCACCGAGUCGGAGCUGAAGCGGGCCUAUAGACAGCUGGCUGUACAGGUCCAUCCAGACAAGAACAAGCACCCUCGAGCCGGCGAGGCUUUUAAAGUCCUCCGAGCAGCGUGGGACAUCGUGAGCAACCCAGAGACCCGGCGUGAAUACGAGCUGAAGCGUAUGGCAGCGUCCGAGCUCUCCAAGUCCAUGAACGAGUUUCUGACGAAGCUGCAGGACGACCUGAAGGAGGCCAUGAACACUAUGAUGUGCACCAAGUGUGAGGGCAAACACAAGAGGUUUGAGAUGGAUCGUGAGCCUCAUGAAGCACGUUUCUGUGCUGAGUGUAAUAAAAGGCACAGCGCUGAGGAGGGAGAUCUGUGGGCUGAGUCGAGCAUGCUCGGCCUGAAGAUCACCUACUUCGCCUUCAUGGACGGAAAAGUCUAUGAUAUAACUGAGUGGGCGGGUUGCCAGAGAAUAGGAAUUUCUCCUGACACGCAUCGUGUUCCUUAUCACAUCUCUUUUGGUUCAAAAAGUAACAGUGGCUCCAACCGCCACAGAUCUCCCUCAGGCCACACCCCAGCUCCAGGCUCUCCCUCCGACCUGCACGAUUUCUUCAGCCGUAUUUUCCAGGGAGCGCCGGGCAGCGACGCCUCUCCCAAUGGUGGAUUUUUCCCACCAGGCCCAACCCCAGAUCACCCCGUGGCGGCCGGCUCAGGACCGCCUCCUCAGCCUGGCUUUUUUACACAGCGAGGAGAGCCGAGCGAAAGCUGGAGCGAGGGAGGAAAAGGACAACGGAGGAGGAAAAAAGCACGCAAGCCUUUCCAACGCUGAGAGUCGGCACAACGAGCUACGACGUCCACGGAGGAGAACAUCAGACUGCGGCGGUGCCCGUGUUCUGUCGUCCAAAGACAACAGACAGGUCGAGGGAAAGAGCGGUGGGGUCUGUGAUUGUGCGUGAGAUCAUCUGCCUGCCACCAGGAACUCGAGAAGAUGAUGGUUUGACAAAGAAAAUGAAAAAGUAUAUCAAAGUGUUUUUUUUUUUUUCCUUAAUUACGAGGUCAUCCACGCAGGACAGUUUUGCUUUUUUAAUUUAAUUUUAUUUGUUUUGCUUCUUGUCAUGCAGGUCGGCAAUAGCAUGGCUUUCUCAAUGAAGUUUUUUUUUUGUUUGUUUAGUGUUUAACACAUCGUUCUUAACAAUCAGCCAUGAAGACACCUCAGGGAUGAUCAGAUGGUCUGCUGAAGGGCAGAAAGACACACAGCUCAUAAUCUCACCAUAACGAUCGUCCGUAGCGGUUCAGCUUCAUUUAUACUUGAAUUUAUUUACAAUGAAUUAUGUAUGUUUUUAAAGUUCAGGUUUGAAGCAGAGGUUAAACGCGAGGUGCAGAGAAACGUCACCAAGCCGCCGUCAGGACCGACUGUUCGGAAACGUUUAAUAUUGGUUAUAAAUUAUAAGAGUCAUGAAUAAUGUCUUUUAUUGUUCCAUCUGAAGACUUGAAAAAAAACAACAACCCAAAACUGGCCUUUUCUAAAAUUAUUAAAUGGCAUAUUACAGAAAAAAACACAACCCUCUGAAAUUUCUCAUGUAGUUAAUCAGCCAAGGCAUGUUCGGUGUCUGGGAUUUGUGUCUUUACCCGUCGCUCACACGUCCACACGACAGACGAGUCAGAUGAUUUCAGUUCCGUGUAAAUUUGGACUGCGAUCCGUCCUGACGUCGUGAUGACGAUUCCCUGCUCCCGUCAUUCUGAUGACUCCAUAAGAACACACACGCACACAGCUGAAGUCAGUUUUUAUCGAAGCCCAAACGUCCAGCCGUUUUAUCGUUUGUGGUCAUUAACUGAAACUCUACCUGAGUUCCUUCCUGUUUUUUUUUCCCAACCUCGUGCUGCAUUUCAUGUUUAGAAAACGAAACAACAUUUAAAAAAAACUUUCGCCUCGUACGUUUUAUUACCAGGUAUAACGGAGCAGAUAGGCUGAUAGGCCACGCCCACAAGGCUGAUGGGCCACGCCCAUUAGUUAUGAGUAAUGUAAGUCUGAGUCACGUAAAGCUCAUCUGUAAACCAAAACACAAGUCCCAGAACUCUCAGACCUCCAUCCGUCGCUAACGCCGGACUUGUCUUGGUUGAAUAGCAGCGUUUAGGUCGAUACUGACAUUGUAGACGUUUGUUGUUUUAUUUUUUUGGCCAAAACCACUCAUCCACUCCUGCUCUACAUCACGUAUGACUACACCUUACAAUAACUCUCCACUUAUUCAGAAAAAGGAACGAACCGAAAAAUGGAAAUGGACCGGAUUCAAAAAAGAAGCACUUUGAAAUAGAGAACAGACACGUGCAGUUGGACCAAGUGCAGAAAAGUCACGUGAAAAAGAAAGACGUCGUGUGUUAAUGUUCGGUGCUCAGUGACGUAUUGAACGUGUUUCUUCGUUCGUCUUCAGAAAAACUCUUCAUCCUGCUCUGAAUAAUCAUCUGUUCGAAUUUGUGGAAAAUAAUCGAAUGAAGCCGGUGCGAACUUUGUUCACACACACACACUCACACAUACACACUCACACACACACUGACACACGUGUAUCUGCAAAAGAGUUGUGCUAAUCCAGAAGGUUUUUACGUUUUGUCAGUCAGUGAUGUUAAUGAUGUUAAACUGAAACAAAACUGUGCUUGAGAUCCAAAUCAUUCAGAGACAAAAAAAAAAAAAAAAAAACUUCCCAAAAAGCCAAGAUCAUCUCUAUGAUACUCAUGAGACGGUCAUGUCUCUCACACACACAUGUAGUGUACACGCUAACACAACACGUGACUUGGUUUUAAAACUGUGAUGCGUUUUGAGGAAACUGUCCAGAUUGAUGAAUAUUAAUGAACCUAAUUAGCCUUAAAGAAAUGAAGCAGUUCUUCGGUUUACGAGAUGUGUGUUUUGUUUCUCCGCGUCUUUGUCACGCUGUCACGUCGGCUCCAGAGUGAGAGCUGUAACUGUCCUGGAUGAUUGUUUGCUGGAGAUUAGGCACGUGCUGGUAGUCAGAUACACGAUCUGUCACAAAUAAUAUCGGUAUAAAGUCACUUUACACGAUUGGCGCUUUGCAGCACGCGUAAGGACGGAGUGUGUGCUUAGGAAGGCUUUUAACGAGCUCAAGAAAGUUUAACGUAGUGGUUAUGACGUCAUAUGAUUAAGCUCCGCCCUCAUUGCCACACUAACGCGUCUAUGGCGGUGGUAAAGGAUCGUGCUAAUGCCGUAAAAGAGUUAACGUUUGGAUUGAAAUGUAACAUUUGCACGUGUUUAAUCUCAACUCUGGGUCUGAAUAUCGUCACGAUUUUUGUCCUGUUCAUUAAAUUGGACUUUAUUUUAGCUUGGAUGUUGAGUUGUAGCUGGAUUUUUUUUUUAAACUCUUGCACAGCUUGUUUGUAAAACAGCAUUUCAUUUUUUAAAGUUGAUUCAUUACAUAUAAUGAUUUGCUCCGAUGGCAGUGUGAAUGCUUUACUUGACUUUUCUUUACGUGAGACAGUAAGCAGCGCAGCUGAGGACGCUGCCGAGUGUCCGGAUCCCAGAACGUCCCAGAACAAUAAGUGAAUUUAAACCCGUAUGCAAAAAGAUUUAUAUCCUUAAAAAAAAUAACCAACUCAGACAAUCAUUAUAAAAUUAAUCAAUGGUGCGGGACACUUUUGGAGUCUUGAAGGUUUAUUUCAUCCUGUUCUCAUGACAAUUAAUUGCUGCUUCUUUUCAUUGUUUCAUAUUAAAGUUGAUUUCUGUAA